AUGCCGGCGCCACCGCCGCUAAUGAUAUGCGACCCGCUGCUGCCAGGCAACUUGGAAACUCGAGGACGCAAGAUUCGGGAUUCCCUCGGAACGAAGGAAACUCCCGGAAAGUUUCCUCGAGCGGCUUCUUGCCGGGUUCAAGGACGGAUACGUCACAUCUGUCGCAGUUCCGUCUCACCUACGCUCGAAUUUCGAACACACGCAAAGACCUUUGCGAUAACGGUACAAAUUCUCGCGUACCCUUUAGUUAAUAUAAUUCGGCGUUACAGUUUCCUGCAUUAUACACCCUCGUUGCCGAGUACGGCGGAGUCCACCGUUUCAAUCGCUCAGGUAGCGAUUAAGAUAAUAGACGUCGAGCAGGGCAAGAAGGACUACGUGAUGAAGAACCUGACGAGGGAGGCGAAGGUCCUGUCAAUGUUGCAGCACCCGAGCAUCGUGAGGCUCUACGAAACUAUCUGGUGCGGAUCCAUGUACUAUCUCGUGACGGAACUCGCAACCGGCGGCGACCUGUGCACACACAUUAAGGAGCAGCCGGCCGGUAAACUGGACGAGAACACGGCGAGGCUCUAUGCCAGACAGCUGGUCGCCGCGCUCAAGCACAUGCACUCGAAAGGAGUCGUUCACCGGGAUCUUAAAAUGGAGAACAUCGUACUGCAGGACGAACGCAAGCAACAGAUCAAGAUAGUGGAUUUUGGUCUCAGCAAUGUUUACACUAGCAACGAUCCUCUGCGAACGCAAUGCGGAUCCCCGGAGUAUGCCGCUCCCGAGCUCUUCGUCGUAGGUAAACGAUACGGGCCGGAAGUGGAUUUAUGGAGUCUGGGAGUCGUUUUGUAUGGAAUGACUAUCGGCCGACUUCCAUUCCUGUGUCCCCGCGACGAAUGGACGACGUCGGAGGAACGUCGACGAAAGCUGAUGAUUCAGAUCAACAGGGGCUUGACGUCGAUCCAGGAGAAAGCCAUGCACCAAACGUCCAUUGAAUGCAGAAAUCUGAUAAACCGCCUACUCGUUCCAUCGGCUCGUGAGAGGAUCACCAUUCAAGAGAUCCUUGAUCACCCGUGGAUUUUCGCGUCAUCGAAGAGCAAUUUUCGUUUUUACUCUGAAGGCGACUUGAAUGUCUCUAAUCACGCCACGAUAGUGAACGAGAUCGCGACGGCAAUGCGAACAACUACGGCUGCUGUCGAGGCUGAAAUAAUGAGACGAAAGUAUGGAGAAAUUGGCGGCAUGUAUAAUAUUAAAAAGCAUAAAUUGCAUCAAGCAGCCGCUGCUGUUUAUCAGCUAGCACCGCAACUUCCUCAAAAUUCUACGCGUCGAAUUGAAGACAUUUCAUCAUCAUCCAUGACUAUCAGAACGACGAAGGAUAAUUUACGAAACGGUACAUCCGGGAACUCUGACAAUACCGAUCGCAUAAUCGUCAUGCGACGCAGCCAGGUGCAAGAUCGAUCGGUCAAGAAAUCCUCAUUACACGGUUCCACGGCGUGGAACUGGCGAUGCCGUUCCGGAAACGAAAAUCGCUCUUCCGAGGAAAGGAGAAAUUACAGGAUUUGUUAUGAUCCUACGAAUGCGUCCUUAUCACCCCAGCAGUGUCGUGUGCCGCAAAUUCUAAAAAAUGAAUGCAAUAAGAUUUCAGAUCGGCAAUCGUACAGAGAUGAGACGUGGAAAUCAAGAAAUUCUGCAUCAUGUAAUAUUUCCAAAAAGAUAGAGAAAAAAAGCGAUACAUCUAAGAUUUGUAAAGCUGAUUGCGAAAUAAUUCCCAGUCCUUCGACUUUGCAAACCUAUUCGCGUGUUAGUAGCAAAAGCGUACCUGCUUCACGAAUUAAAGAGACUAUUCAUAAAAAGAUACUGGCUCCACCAUGGCGAAGUCGAGUCGGCAGUGCGAGAAUUGGAAGAGAUACGUGAAACUGGAAGCGUCUUUGGAACGAAGCGUGAAAAAUGGCGGCGUUUUCGCUUUUCGACGAGUAGAAAAAAAAACCUGACGAAAGAGUAUCGCAUUAAAUUGUUUGCAUUCCCCAUCGAU